AUGUCAAAUGUGUGUCUACAACCAGAAAAAAAGCAUUUCAACAAUAAUGAUCCUCAGAAAACGAAAAUUUACAGAAGAUUUUUCUCCAAAAAAACCAAAAAAAUUCCUAAAUCUCCAUCUGCCCAGUGCCAAUCAACUAUUGAACUUUUUUUUCUUCUCUCUCAAUAUAUUGAUGAUCUUCCGAACUGUACUGUUGUUGAUGGUGGUGGCAGCAUAUUGAAUGAUGACAAACUUUCGAAACGAAACGAAAAAAAUACAUUCAUCAUACAAAAAACAAAAAACAAAGAACAUGAUUCACUGAUCUUCGGUCCACUUGCUAUAUGCGUUGUCGAUGUACAUUGAACGAUUGAACGAAAAAAUCAAUAUUUUUUUUUCUGCCUAUUUAAAUGAAUGUUCGAAACCAACAAUAAU